AUGAAUGCGGAGAAGCCAAACUUUCUGUCUCAACCUGAAGUGAAAAAUAUCUAUUUUUUUCGGAAUGGGGAUCCGUAUUACGAGCCCAGACGUUUGGUGAUCAACGCGAAGAGAGUGUCGACCUUCGACACGCUGUUGCGGGAGGUGACGGGCGGCGUUCAGGCUCCGUUUGGCGCGGUGAGAAACAUCUACACGCCGAAAGGAGGACACAGAGUGGACUCAAUGGAGCACCUGAGGAGCGGAGAACAGUAUGUGGCUGCUGGGCGAGAGAAGUUCAAGAAAAUAGAUUAUUUACAGAUAGGAACCAGGAAGAAAAGAACACUUCAACCCAAUGGACUGUUGAAACCUGUGCCUCAGAGUCGCAUGAUAGUGUCUGCCAGAUUCCUCAAACCCAUCAAAGAACCCUGUGCAAUAUUUGUUGUGGCAAAUGGAGAUGUCCUGAAUCCAGCUGUGAGGUUUCUAAUUCCGAACCGUCUGAUUGGCCAGUUUGAGCGUAUUCUGGAGAUGAUCACAGAGAAAAUGAGGCUAAGAAUUGUGGGGGGUGUGAGGAGCCUGUAUACCUUUGAUGGAACUCUCAUUAUGGAGGGAAAAGAGUUGGAAAAUGGACAGUUUUAUGUCGCUGUUGGCAGAGACAAAUUUAAAAGACUUCCAUAUAGUGACCUUCUGUUUAACAAGCCCAUAGGCAUGAAGAGAGUGUACGGGUCGAAAGCAGCGUCACUGCCACCUAUAUAUAAGUACAGAAGACAAAAUGGAGAUCACCACCUCAGUAAGUCCAUGGUGGGUGGCGGUGAAUGUGGACAGGACAAGAUCAGUCCCCCAGCACAGAGUUCUAAAGAACAACUAUCAUCCUUCGUCAGAGAGAUCUCUCAGGCCAGACUUAUGACCGUUCGCAAGAAGAGGAGUGGUCUCACAGCAUCUCAUGAGGCUCAGGACAAUGAUGUAGAGGACAGGGGUGCAGAGGAUGACAAGUCUUCACCAGAGGAGGGCUCUGCAGUCAAGCAGGUGGCAGAAGAAGCCAGUCCAGACCCUGAUCAAGAGGAUAACUCUCAAGAACAGACUGACAUAGACAGCUCAUCCAAAACAGAAACCGUAAAAGAGCCGGCUGAUCCAGACCAAACCACUGAGGAAUCACAGUGUAACGGAGAAGAAGAGAAGAAACCAGAGGAUGAGAACACAGGAGAGGAUGAGAAAAAAGAGAUGGAAGAGGAAGAAUAUGAAGAAAAAGAUGGAGAGAUAAAAGAGGAGGGAGAGACAUCAGAACUAGAGGCAAAUAAUACUAAUGGAGUAAAGAAGGAAGAGGAAACAAAAGCUAAUGGGGAGGAGACACAGAAUGAAGAAGAGACUGCAGAAGAAUCUGAGCAGAAAGAGCAGCAAGUGGAAGGAGAAGAGGAGGGAAUUGAGGACAAACCAGUGAAUGAGGGAAAUCAGACAGAAGAGAGUCCAGAUCAGAGUGAGGAAGUAUCAGCAAAUACCGAAUGA